GAGCCUAAAGAAACCCAAGACACACUGUACCUGUGCGCGGCUCACUGAGCGUUCUGUGGAUUUACAGAGUCUUUUACGAUGGCUUUCUCACUGCCUGCUGUCCUGCUUAUCUGUGUUACACUGGCUCUGUUCCUGGAGAUAGGAUCUGGACUGCCUUUGUCUCAGACGUCGAACACCCAGAGCACAGCUGGGGGAAAAAGGAUCCGAACCAAACGCUGCUCCUGCAGUAACUGGAUGGAUAAGGAGUGCAUUUACUUUUGCCACUUGGACAUUAUCUGGAUCAACACACCUAGUAAGCUCGCACCGUACGGUCUGGGAAGUCCUCUUUCUCGGCGCCGGCGUUCCACCGAGCGCUGUAAAUGCGCCAACCCUAGCGACACCACAUGCUCCACUUUCUGCCAAACCAGAGACAUUGAUUCAAGCCUGGUGGUUGUGAGUCCACUUGAUCAUGAAGCUGACCACACGGAGAAAUCCGGCAAAGACCUGCUUACAUAUUUUAGGAGAGUAGCGAUGACUAAUCUGAAAGCAGCCGAGACAUCAAGAAAGAAGCCUUUCAAGACCAACCAAUCCUGAACCAGUCGACGUGAUGCACACCUGUACUGAAUCCAACUGUUCAGGAUGGGGUUUCAUUCCUGCAACAAAGACAUCAACAACAAGGACUGACGUGGUCAGGGAGCGAUGGCUUUGGUGGACACAAUUUACAAGUGCCUGAAAUACUACUGGGAGACAUGCAGGACCUUGACCAGCCCUUGAGGAAUUGAAAUAUUAGGCAUAAAGGACUAAAGAACUUAAAAUUCCUGCAUUUUUAUGUUGUUAUACUGUCAUGUUGUAAAGGUUUAAAAUGUAAUACAUUUCUGUCUCCAUGCCGAGGUCGCUUCGCCCUCGCUUUCGAAGCAUGGAGCACUUUAUUUAGUUACACUAACUUGCUCUUUCUCUGUAUCAGAGUUUCAUGUGAUUUCAUUUCUCAGGAAAUGUGAAAUACCUCUAUGCAAGCCUACACACGCAUAUACAUUAGAUUUAGAUUUAUGCUUUAGUUUUUAGUCUAUGAUAACAAUGACCAAAGGUUGCCAUGCUUUCUUCUUAGCCCGCCAAUACCGUCUCUGAGGCACACGUCCAUUCUUUAUGAGACGGCCCGACUUUAAAGGAAACAUCCAGCCCUUGAUGUUUCCAGGGAUUUUUUUUCAGAUUUUCCCUCCCUUUUAUUUUCUUCCCGACCUCUUUGUGAGGCCGGAAGUGUUUAUUACAUUCCUAGAGUGGUGUUUUUGCUUACAAGGUCAGAGUCAGUUUAAUGCCAUAAGGUCUGCCAAAGGACUGCAGUAACUGUUUUUUCCUGCAAUAGAAAAGACCGACUAAUGUCUUUGUAAUCGCCCAUUAUAAAAGACGACGCAUUGCGUUACAAUGGAAUCUGUUUGGUGGGAGUCCUUUUAAGUACCAGUUAAUGUGUUCUGUAUGUUUAUUACCAUGUGUUAUUUUAUACUACUUGUUGCUAUGACAGCAAUCGUUUCGUCUCCGAUAUUAAAGGAAGUUUGAUUAGGCCGUUCGAUGCCUGCAGCUCGAUCACAGAUACUUGAAUGUUCGGUUUCCCAGCCUUCGUGGUUUAUAUGUUAUAACGAUGCACAUUGUAAAAAUGUUAUUUAUUUAAUUUAUUGGGUUCACUUAUUUAUAUUUGCAUUUUGUACCUCAUUAAUGGAAAGAGAAUGUAUU